UCCCUUCCUUUGUAAUCUCAUCCUCCUGGAAAAAAGUGGAAACACAGCCACUGGUCUUGGGCUCCUGGUGAAUCCUGACACUCAAAAAUUGUGCAUAAGGGGGAAAAAAAGAGAAAUUGUCCAGAAGAAAAAUGUUUAUCCAAGAAGCUUAGGAUCUAUAAUUGCAAUUUUUUUCCCUUCCCCCUCUCUGUAAGAAAUAGAAGACCAAAGGGGCUUUGAAAAAUCCUUGCAAAUGGGAGCAGGGAAUGAUGUUUACCGAGAUGUAGGAGAUUUCCCAGUGAGUUUUAAAAAGCUUUGCUCUGUUUAAAACUCACCCAGCUUGUCCAGCCCUAAUCCCUGCUCCAUGGGCUCUGGUGAGUGCUGUCUCCAGCAGGCCAACCCUGCAGCCACACAACUGCUCAGGGACAUCUCUCAGCAGGGACCAAAGAUCACUUCCAACACUAAAGCCCUGAUUGAGGCUUUUUCCCCACACUGGGAUAUCUGGGAAUGGGAAGCAGACCUUGGCAUGUGAUAGUCCAAAGGCCAGGCAGCAGCCCAGCCUGCUGUUCCUCACUGUGGUCAGGUCCAGCAGUUCUGACCUGGGAAUUCCUUUUCCCCAGGGUCUCCGAGAGCCUGUCCUUGCUGUUGGGAAACAAACUGAAGUCACUGAUUGUCUCUCCUCUAGGCCACCAGCUUUUUCCACAGUCCACGGCCAACAAAGUAUUUCCCAGCUGGCCAGUGGCUGUCAAAAAUCCUUAUUUCAAGCCAAAACUUUAAUUUCCCAUCUCUCCAGAGAUCAUGCACUGGGCAGGAGGACAUAGACCUGCCUGGAGAGCCCAGGGUGCCAUCUCCCUGAGCAGCAGCACCUGGAUCCACACAGGGCCGGGAGGGACGCGGGAUGGGCAGCGGGACCGGGAUCCACCCGGGGCCGGGAGGGACACGGGAUGGGCGGCGGGACCUGGAUGCACUCAGGACCGGGAGGGACACGGGAUGGGCGGCGGAACCUGGAUCCACUCAGGGCCGGGAGGGACGCAGGAUGGGCGGCAGCAGGAUCUGGAGCCACCCGGGGCCGGGAGGGACACGAGAUGGGCGGCACCAGCACCGGGAUCCACCCAGUGCCCGCAGGCUGCCACGGGGCGGGCAAAGUGCGAGGCAGGUGUGACAAAAGGCAGCCACGGACAGGACCAUGGGGCUCUGCAGUGUGACCAUCCUGCUGGGCAUGGCUCUCCUCCUGCUGGCACCCGGCAGCACCCAGGCUCUGAGCAGCUCCCGGUGGAAGGACCUGGCCAUGGAGCAGGAUUUGGCUGAGGAAAGCAUCCUGGGUGUAGGAGCACCAGAGGAGGGUGAACCAGGUAUAAAGGUCUUCUCCAGCAGUGCCUGGGCUCAGAGGGGCCCACCCCAAGUCCAGGCAAGGCCAGAAGAGGAUCGUGACCACCUGUACCAUGCCCAAGAUGAUGCCAGGGAGGCCAGUGCCCGUGUGCCAUUCUGGAUGCCGGCCCCAAAGGUGCAGAAUGGCCCAGAGGAGGACCGUGACCACCUGUACCACCCCCAGGAUAAUGCCAGGGAGGUCAAUGCCCGUGCACGUGUGCCAUUCUCGAUGGUGGCCCCAAAGGUGCAGAACGGCCCAGAGGAGGAUCUUGACUACAUCCACCACGACUGAGUGGAGAUGUGCCCAGGCUGUGAAAUGAGGGGUGGGAGCUGCCCCUGGGUUUUCCUGGAGAAAUUUGUCCCUUCCUACCGAGCCUUGAGCCUUACCAAUAAACCCAUCCCCUCUCCACA